GCGGCGGGCAGAAGCCGACCUCGAGGUUGUGGGUGUGCAGUGGCUGCCAGUCGAGCAACUGGACGAAGAACGCGUGCAGCAUUUGCGGCAUGCGCAAGACUUUGGCGCAGGCGGCUCUGUCCACGGGGCCGAGCAGUGGGACGUCUGCUUCGCCUCCGCCUGCGCCCCAGAACCCGAUCAACCAGCAGUUGGCGGAGGUGGCGGCAAAGCUCCAGCGUGCGACGUCAGGGGCGGCCAUGACCUCUGCUGGUACGACCCCUACAACGUCACCUUCGGCGCCAGCCGCGUCGACGGCAGAGGCACGGAUCCGGGCGCGGUGAACGCGCCCCUCCCUUGGCAAGAGAAGCGUGCCUACGCCAAGAUUGCCAAUGCUUGCAUGUUGAGCAAGGUUCAGCUUCUUGAAGAUCAGUUCCUCGCCGCUGAGAUGGACGUCAUCGCGGCGCAGGAGGGCCGCGCCACAGCGACGGUCAGCACGGAGGACUCCUCGUACACCAUGAUGUGCGCUGCUGCCUUCGAGGACGGUUCUUGCGGCGUCCAGAUCUGGUCCCGCCAUGGGCUGGUGGCGAAGACGCGGGAGGCGCCCUCCGCACGUCUGCUGUUUGCAGCGUUGCCCAAGAAGGGCGUCGACUUCGGCAUCGUCUCUGCUCAUGGUCCACACCUUCUUGCUCCUGCUGCGGAGCGCGCUGCAUGGCGGGACCCCCUUGGCAUUCAAGUCACGGCCUUCCGCAAUCAGUACUCGAUUCCUUGGUUCGCGUGCACUGACACCAAUGGCCGAGUUGGAUCAGUAUCUUCGCCAAUGAUUGGCGCGUCCGCUCCGAGUCUGGAGAAUUUUCAUGGCGCUCACGUUCGGGAGUUCGCUGAGCACCAGCAGGUGAUGGUAGCUAAUACGCGGGGCCCUGAUGCAGGCCACACAUGGACGCCAUCCUACGGCACGCACGCUCGGAUCGACUUCAUCUUCGUUCCGAUGGAGUGCUCCGCAGACGCCCGGCGUUGCCGGCCUGACUACGGCAUCGAUCUGACCAUGAAUGCUUGGGAAGACCACAAUGUGGUGGUCCUGUCCACGCAGGUGCGAGCGGCCUCCACGUCCACGAGGACUUCGCCGCCGCUUUGCUUGAACAAGCUGAACCUCUCCCAGCCGCGCCUCGUGGAGCUCUUCCAGCGGCCGAUGUGGCUCUUCCCGCACAUCGAUGGGGGCAUCCGCGUCGAUGGCCACCUUGAGCUGCUGAACGCGCACGUGAGGUGGGCUGGCCGACUGGCUUUUGGCGACCCCAAGCGGCAGCUUCGCAAGCGACGGAUCAGCGCCCAGGUUUAG